UUAUGUUUAUCGUCUGUAUCUCCAUUGUUUUUAGUGGUGUAAUUUAGGAAGAAGUGAUUUAUUUGGAAUUAAUUCAAUAAUCUUUCUUUGUUCUUUUGGAUAAAAUGAGUAUAUACUCGUUUUCUUAAAUUUCCGAUUCUCACAGCGUACAUCCUGCUGACUCGCUCAAAAUGAUUUAUACUGAACAUUUACUGAAGGUCCUUCAAUGUACAUAAUCAUCUAUCCCCAGAUCAGUCUUUUGUCAGCUUUAGCUGUGAGUCACCUAAUUCGUCAAAUCGUAUAAUUCAGUGCUUUCAAUUAAUACUGCAUUCCUAUUUUUAUUUCUCCCUCUUAGUGUCAUUUAUUGCAUUGGAACAACAUCCAUAGUAUGAUGGCGUCCCAAGACUCAAAUCGUCCAGAAUUGUAUGAAGAAGUCAAGCUGUACCGGAAUGCUCGUGAGAGAGAAAAGUAUGACAAUAUGGCAGAUUUAUAUGCUGUCAUAAAUACAUUGCAGAACUUGGAGAAAGCAUACAUUCGAGAUUGUGUCACACCCGAAGAGUACACCGCUGCAUGUUCAAAAUUAUUAGUCCAGUUCAAAGCAGCCUUUAAGCAAGUUCAAGGAAAUGACUUUCCCACUGUUGAAAGCUUUGUCAAAAAAUUCAGAUUGGAUUGUCCUGCUGCAUUGGAGCGUAUCAAAGAAGAUAGGCCAAUCACAAUCAAAGACGAUAAAGGGAACACCAGCAAAUGCAUUGCUGAUAUUGUUUCGUUAUUCAUCACAAUAAUGGACAAAUUACGUCUAGAGAUCAAAGCUAUGGAUGAGCUUCAUCCUGAUAUCCGUGAUCUGAUGGAUACGAUGAAUCGACUGAGCAUACUACCAUCUGACUUUGAAGGCAAGAAGCAAGUUCAAGAGUGGCUCAAUACCCUUUCUAAUAUGCAGGCUUCCGAUGAGUUGAGCGAAACGCAAGUCAGACAGCUGCUCUUUGACCUGGAGUCAUCUUACAAUGCAUUCAAUAAAAUCCUGCAUCAAACCUAAAGUCAUAACUGAUAGCCAUAAGCAAUCUCAACCCAAAUUUGAGCUUCGGAAUUUUAUUUUCACAGAAAUUCAAAGAUUCCCUAGUUUUAUUCCAGCAUCAGCUGUCUAUCUACCGAAGCAUCUGGAUUAUUUGUAUACUAUUCCCCUCUGCAGCAAAUCACAAGAGUUUGCAUCUCACGCCUUGUCAUCUUCAAGUUGAUAAAUGAGGAAAAGAGUACAUUUGUAAGUAUCUGAGUGUUAAGGGCCUGACCCUGCUGCUAAAAAUGUUUACUCUCAGUUGAAGAUUUGUGCGAUUUAUCCGCAAAAUUUCGAAGAAACCAUAUAAACUUAAAGUUACUUUAGCAUGCAAUUUCAGCGUUUGGCUUGUAGCAUGUCUUAUUUGCACAAUCAGAAUUGAAUUGUCGACUUGAGAACAAAAUCAUCAGAAAUAUGAAAUUCUGUGAAAAAAAUUUUAAUGCAGCAUUUUGAAAACUUGAUAAUGAUUAGAUUGUUUUUUCUUUUUUCAAUUUAUAUCUUUUUCUUAUUCCAUGCCCUGACCUUCUCGGUCACCAUCUUAAAAAUUACGGUAAAAGCUACAAAUUUAAUGAAGGAAAUUGCAAGCAAUUCUUUCUCGGUCUAAUUGAUUCAAGCAUGCAUUUUUCUAAGUGUACAAUUCAAGAUUGUUCACAGUGUGUAAAAUUGUAAGGAUUUCAGUUGAUUUCUUUACACACUCAUUCAAAGCUGGAGAACUUCAUAUCUUCUCAUAUUAUUCUUUGUGCAAAGGUAAAAUUUGAACUGACUCUAGUGCUUGCUAAAAUGGUUGUGUUUAUGGUGGUCAAGGAUUCGGGCAGAAGUAUCACCUACUUUUGUAAAGUUAUUUUUGUUACCAUUUCUGUCUUUUUUGGAAGACUUGUAUGUAGCUUGUGGAGACCGCCUAAAUCAGAUUAUGAGUUAUUCCAUGGCAUUCUUGUUAGAGAAAAAUUUGAUAUUGAAAUCAAGCUAGUGAAAAGAAAGGCAGGGUUGCCUCUGUCAGGGGAUACCAAGAAAAGUUAGGAAAUUUGAAAAAAUAAAGGAAAACCUAGAAAUGUCAGGGAAAAUUAUGAUGCCCAGGAAAAAUUGUUCCGUCACCUUUAUUUGCUUUCAAAAUGGGUUAGACGUUUCUUACAACAAAUUUUGCGUAGAAGUCAUUUCAAAUUAUGUCUUUUUUCCCAUCUGGCAUAUCUUCAAUUGUUCAGGAAUUUCACUAAAAUGUAUUGCAGAAAUAUCAGGGAGUUUUAUUUUCUAUUCAUUUCAUUUUCCUAUCUGUGAGAACCUUGAGAAGAUUUGAGAUGAAGGUCAUUUGGCAAAGAUGAGGUCAUUACGUCAAAAAAUACAAUUUGUUCGAUAGUUCAUGAGGUACGUUAAAUUUGAAAUAGCUUCUUCUUUCUCCAUGAUGUCCUAAGGUCCUUUAAUUCCAAUAGCUGUUUUUUAAGAGAAAGAAAAAUUCUUGUAAAUUAAUUCUCGCAAUUUUUUUUUUUUUGUUUUUUGUUUUUUUUUUAAUGAACAUUUUACACUUUUUGUUCGCUUAAAUUAUUCAGAUUAUCUUAGUUCAGACCAAAAUCAUAUCAAAGAGAUAAAUUAUUUGAUCAUGAGAAGCAAUGAAAGGAUGAGAGAAGGGGAUAUUAUGUUUUUGGGCUGCCUCUACCCUUGGAGAUCUUUGAUGGUUUUGUAUGGGAAACUUCGAACAUGAACUUAUUUAUUUCAAGAAUGAGCUGUCUUUGGCUCCAUUAUAUUUUCUUAACUCCUGUCUAAAGUAUGAAUUAUGAGCUUCUUGGUAAUCCUAUUUUUUCAAGUCAAUUUUGUGCUGAGGUGCAUUUCAUGGUACAUAAUUUUCCAUGUAUGUAUUAUUGUAAUAGAUCGUCUUACCUAAUGUAAAUAAUUGCUAAUUUCAUUUGCCAUUUGGAUCAAAUAUCCUUUUCUACUUGAAGUAUAGUAUGAAUAAAUUAUUUUUUAAAGUUGUUCAUUUUA